CUUCCGGGUCGCGCGAGUUACAAGUACGCAUGCGGCACUUGCGGGUCGGGUUGUACAGCAUCUGUGGUUGUGAUUGUGUUGUCUGACGCGAUUCAGAUCUGACACCCGUUAGCUACCGAAAAGGCGUAGCAAUUUUCGACAUCUACAGUCAUCUGCUGCUAUUUUUAACAGUACAAACUGUGUACAUCCAUUGUUUUGGAGCUCAGCAUCAUCCACUAUGUCCGUGAAUCUUUGUAAAAACGGCCCAGCUCUUACAGCAGCAUAUAAAGAGGUGGUGGAUGAGAAAUCAACAACCAACUGGGCCUUGUUUACGUAUGAAGGGAAUAGCGAUGACAUUCGACUUGCAGAGAAGGGAGAUGGUGGAUUGGAGGAGCUGGUGGAGGAGCUGAAUAGUGGUAAAGUCAUGUACGGUUUCUGCCGGGUCCAAGACCCCAACUCUGGUCUGCCCAAAUACGUGCUCAUCAACUGGACAGGUGAAGGGGUGAAGGAUGCCAGAAAAGGAAUCUGUGCCAAUCAUGUCAGUUCCAUGCGUAACUUUCUGAAGGGUGCCCAUGUCACCAUUAACGCUCGUGCAGAAGAUGAUGUGGAGCCGGAGGUCAUCAUGCAGAAAGUUGGAAAGGCGUCAGGAGCCAACUACAGCUUCCAUAAAGAGUCGAAUCGCUUUAAAGACGACGGCCCACAAGCUCCUGUGGGGUCCGUGUAUCAGAAGACCAAUGCCAUGUCGGAAAUAAAAAAGAUAAAUAAAGACAAUUUCUGGGCCCAAACAGAGAAAGACGAGGAGAAGCGUCGGCAGGAGGAGCGGCGUAAGGGCGAGGAGGAGCGGCAGCGUCUGGAGCAGGAGAGGAAAGACCGCGAGGCCAAGGAGGCGCUGCAGAGGGAAAAGAAGGAAAAGGAGAGGUCAAACCUCAUCAAUGAGCAGAAGAAAUACCAACAGCAGCAGGAAGCUGAUAAAAGUGAGAACGAGCAGCAUCAGUCGGGUGUUAGCAGCACCAGGGAGAUGUUUAAGCAGAGGGAGAGGGGCAUCACCCCGGCUGUCCCUGACACCACCACACCAGCUCCUCGUCCACUGCCAGUGAAAGUUAAGGAAGAGCCCAGAUACGAGCCUGCGGUCACAGAGCCAGAGCCAGAGCCAGAGCCAGAACCAGAGCCUGAGCCUGAAGUUGUUAAUCAGCAACUCGAAGAACCUGAAAAGACACACGUUGAACCAGAGCCAGACUUGUAUGAGGAGCCUCCCCAGGUACAAGAGGAGGGGAACUACGAAGAAGCUGACAGCAGGGGUCUUUGUGCACGGGCACUUUACGACUACCAAGCAGCGGAUGACACCGAGAUCUCCUUCGACCCUGACGAGAUCAUCACUGGCAUUGAGAUGAUUGAUGAGGGCUGGUGGCGAGGAUACGGUCCGGACGGCCAUUUUGGAAUGUUCCCGGCCAAUUACGUCGAGCUCAUCCAAUGAGGUAACUGGAAAUGAAAGCGUGGACCAACCAAGACAAGUGGCCAUGAUGGGAUCGCUAAGUGGAUCCCUGAAAAAUGAAACCUGCAGUCAAAGACCUCUUGAAAGGACUUCUCUCUUGAUCGGAAGGAUUUGCAGGACAACUGUAAAAAUACUUCAUUACUAACAAUCAUACUGGGACAUGGAAACUAUCUUUUUUCACUUUACUUGCAGAGUGUUUUUUUUGUUUGUUUGUUUUUUUUGUUUGGGUGUGUGGGUGGGGGCGGGGGGUACUUAUGAAAUCCAUACAUGUGUGAAUAUACCCCGGUGUGGCAUGUCAUUUAUGUCAAAGGAUAUACAAUGAUAAUAUAUGAACGUAAUUGCAUUUGAGCCAGUUGGACAGUGGGGUCAGGUGAACCAAAUUCAAAACAACUGGACACGUAAUUGUGAAUUGAAUUAUGAAUUCAAAGUCUUAAACCUGAUCUUCAGAGUACAGUGGUCGCACAUAGGGGGGCGCAGGUAGCCUAGAAAUGUGAUAUUUAUUCAAAUGAGCACAGCUUAAAGUCGAUGCCAAACCAACGAUUCUGAUGCCUCCACGGCCAUCUGUGAAAGUGCUGGCCUCCAAGUGAAUCAGUUCAUGUGUGCUUUAUAAAGUCUCUCUCAAGAGACAGGUGGACAACUAUAGAACAGUAUGACAAUGACGAGCGUUUCAAUUUGAACAUUUCAUUCUUCAAACUUUUUUAUAGGUGGCUUAAAAGUUUGGUUUUGGUUGGAUGGCAGUCCGGCUAUGCACUAUUUGUUGUUUAUUUUAAGGAUUCAAGAUUUUAUUUCUUGAACUUUCAUAGCAUACAUUUCACUCAUGCCUCACUCACAAAUUUGUUUUUUUACGUCUUCCAGUUUGUUGUUAGAUAUGACUUUGGUUUAAACAACACAAAGUGGAGGUUUGGAUCUAGAUCAGAACCAGAAAUGGAUGAUAUGAUUUAGUCAACCAUUUUCCAAGAUAUGUUUCAUUAUAUUAACCGUAAUACGAUUUUAUUACUUUGAGAGCUUCUUUCCUCAAAACACUUGAAAAAAUGCUGAUACAUUUCAUGAAAAAAAUGAAAAAUUAAAUCGUUUGAUGUUAAAACAAUUACACAAGGGUUCACACACUUCCACAGCAUAUGGUAUAUUUGGGUGUAUUGGCCAUUUUCAGGUCACUUUCUUUUUUUAGCUGGUAUUAUUAUUGUUAUUAUGAUUUUUCUAUAGAAAUGGCUGGUUGAAUAACCAAUUCAGUCGUGAGUUGGGUGACUCACCACAUAACAUUCCUGUCUUCGACUCUGAUUCUACCUGGUAGAUUUCCAGAUGUUUAAAACAUUGGCCGCAGUUCCCGGUACAUGCAGGGAAUAUUCCAAUUUUAAAUGGAAUAUUUGCAGUUUCGGUUUAGGCGUAUAAUGUAAACUCUUGAUUCAUUCCGAACAUUCUGAGGGUAUACAAGUAGCUCAAAGCUCUUCCACACAUGGUAAAUGGAAUAUUCCAGAACUUGUUUUAAAUCGAAUACUGAAAAUAUUCAGUUUGAAACCGGAAUACUCCUUGCCUGUAACUGCAGUCAGAUAUUCUUCCUGUUGUGAACCUCGCUAACAUAAAGCAUUGUCCAGCAUCCCAACAUUGAUGAGAUCGGAAAAUAACUAAUUCAGACUUGGAUAUGUAUCAUUUUUUUUCCCCUCUGCAUUGAGUGUUGUGUGGUCAUGUCCAAUCUGGUUUCAGAAGCUUCCACCUAAUUCCAAAUCACCUGGUGAUUGACUGUGAACAUUCUCGUUCAUCCAGGUAAUAUUUAUCCAAAGAGCAUCACUGUAAGUAAAUUGCACUGCUUGUAAGAUGUCGAGCGGUGCUGUUUAUUACAGCUAUACUCUUUAGACCUGAUCACUGCACCUAGUGCAGGUUAUUUUAUGAACACUCCUCUACCUGGCUGAAUUGGGCCAGGUGGUUAGGGAGUUGGUUUAGGGAACAGAGGGUUACAGGUUUCAAUCUGUAUGUAAUGGCUGAAGUGCCCUUGGCACAUUACCUCACAUUGGCUACGUGUACAUGAGGUUUUUAAUUCCGAAUUAAAUAGUUUCGUCGAGUUUACUUUGAUCUUUCAUUUAAUUCCGAAUUAUUUCAAAGUGGAAUUAAGCUUUAUUCAGAAUUAAAUGGAGUUAAUUCUGAAUUAAAUGUCUCAUGUAAAGGUAACCAUUGUUCCAGGAACUGUAACCAAUACCUUGUAAUGACUAUAAGUUGCUUUGGAUAAAGGCAUCACCUAAGUGUAAAGUUAUGCAUUGGAUUGCAUCUUCUGAGGCCUGAGGCUACCUUUGGAACACAAUAUUAAACAUGUAAUCAACUGUCUGCUACAGACUACAUUGAGGUAUCGUGGAUCAUACUAUGCCUCAACUUCACAUGUUGUUAAUAUUUUUUCCACUGUAUGACAGGACACAUACAGAUAAAAUAUCUUAUUUUUGUUAUCAGAGUUUUUCUCACCUUUCACCUGUUAUAAAUAUAUAUAUAUAUUUUGAUGGCAUAUUAAACCUAAUUGUGGCUGAAGUUGUACUGUAUAACCGUCAUGUUUUUCUUAACAAUACACAAAGCUGC